AUGAUGAAUUCCCCACCUUUGUCAGCAAGCAUUGGCAAAGCUGCUUCUACCCGGAUGGAGUGCAAUGAAAACAAGCAGAAGAGGGAGGAAAGACUUGCUAAGCGGCUGAACCGACGUCGUGAAACAGAAGAGAGGGAUGUCUUCGAUAUCCUUCUACUUCUUCCCAAGAUUGCAAGGCCACCACCAACAGCGGAACAAAGGGAGAGAUAG